AUGCCAAAGUACAGCAACGCUGUGGUUGGAGAGCAAUAUUGGACGGUGGUCAAUCGCGAUGGUACUCUGCCCCUUGGACGUUCCUCAGAUGAAUUUAUCAGAAUGGACAGUAGUGGAAGCUGCAGUGACCUUAGAAAUGCCUUUGUCGCUUUCUGGAGUGUAAAUGACCAUUUUGGACACUACGAAACAUUUGGACAAGCUCAUUUGGAAAACAAUCAGGUUUGUGCCCAAUUUAGUCAUCGUGACGGGUCGACUAAGCGACUCUGUGGCGGAUUCCGAAUACUAUCAAGGAGCAAAUAUAACCAAAUUAGCAACCCGUUCAUUUUUGUUCGAGCCGAACAGGCUUCUGUGCAUGACGCAGUAACUUAUCUGGGAAAGCAACCUGCAAAAUUAACUAAUCGAAGAACUGGCGAGUCAUUUUAUGGUACUGCUAAAAUAAGCGAAAAAAUAGCCCGCGGAGUCGACAAAAAAGGAGAUAAUGUCGAAGUAAUUUUUCUUUUAUCCGUCCCUCCGUCGAAGUUUUUCUGCAGUACUUAA